AUGUCAGACGUCAAACCAGAAUGGUGGCCGGGUGAGAACCAUGAAGCCUUUGCUAAAUGGGCCCUUACUCAAGGUGUGGUCGCCAAUGGUGUCACCCCAGCACGGUUUCCAGGCCGUGGGCUCGGAAUGAUAGCAACUAAGAGAAUCAAGAAAGGAGAUGCAGUGGUAAAAGUUCCAACCUCUGCGAUUUUGACCAUCAACAAUCUCCCCGAAUCAUUCAGGGAGCAAUUCCCUGAAGGCACUGCCGUGCAAGCCAUUAUGGCAGCAUACCUCAUUCACGGAAGCGAAGAGGAGCUGGAGAAAUACAAGCUAUGGUUCCAAGCCUGGCCAACACGUCAGGAUUUUGUAGACAGCUUGCCAAUGCUAUGGCCAAGAGAAUUAGGCGGGCCAAUAUGGCUAGACAGCGAGUCUACCGGAUCUGCCGAGGUGUCCAAUGUUCUUACCCCGUGCAUCUCCGGCAUGUGGACAACGAUUGAGAAGGGACCGAGAACGAAAAAAUAUGACAGUGACCACCAAAAUAUGCUCUCUGGGCAGGAGCAUCGAAUUCGCAAGGCAUGGAAUGAUGUUCUAUCUGUCUUUCCGGAGACAGAAUGGCGGUCUUUCUCUUAUAGCUGGCUCAUACUUAAUACGCGGUGCUUCUACUGGGUCGAACCUGGACAGGAGCCUCCAGAAGAUCGGAACGAUGCUAUGGCUUUGUUGCCAUUUGCAGACUAUUUCAAUCACUCGGACGUGGAGUGCGACGUCAAAUUCAGUGACACUGAGUAUACCCUGACCGUGACAGAAGACUACGAAGAAGGCGACGAGGUAUACAUGAGUUAUGGGAAUCACCCAAAUGACUUCCUGUUGACUGAAUAUGGGUUCUUCCUCGAGAAGAACAACUCAGACUGCAUUUACCUCGACGACAUUGUCUUCCGUGACCUCAAUAGCCCAGAUAAACAGGAGGAAUUGCGAUUGAAUCAAUACUAUGGUGAAUAUCAAGUCACUUCGACAGGCGUCUGCUAUCGUACAGAGGUGGCAGCAUGUCUCAAGUACAUGAAAGAGGAGGACUGGCGAAACCAUAUUCUCGAGGGAUCAGAUGAUGGCGUUGAUGAGACAAAAUCAGAGGCCAUCAUCAAGAGUUGGCUCCAAACGUAUGUCACGGAAGCAGAUGCAACCAUGGACGCAAUAAGAGAGACUCUCAAGUCUGAUGCGGUGGUUCAGGCAAACCGCCAAAAGCUGGAGACACUGUUACGACGGUGGUCUCAGAUUAAGGAGAUCUGUGAGAGUGCGUCUCAGGCGAUUUCUCUUUGA